AAAAUUAGAACAUUCCCACAUCCGCAUAUCCUUGAAAUAUGAAUAUUAACCGUGCUUUGAAUAAUCAUGAUUUUAUUAUUGCAUUAUUAAUGAUUGCAUUGCCUUUAAUCUUAAAGAUUUUAAGAAUAGCUUUGAGUAUUAACCUUUAGCAUAUAGUACUAAAGUUAGAAUAGUCUAGCAGGCUUAGAGAUAUGAUUCCAUUGUAUAUGGGUUUUGAUAGUUGACUUUUAAAUGUCAUGUGCAAAUUUAGCAGGCUUGGAGUUUUUUCGGUAUGUAUGUAUGUAUGUGUGUUUUUUAACUUUUGCUUUGCAGAGACACCUGGGGAGAAAAACAGGAUGUCGGGGCAGGGUGAAAUAACGGUCAUAGCUAUUUAUAACAGGAUGAACUUCUAAAACAGAAGUACAACUUUCCAUCGAACGGGUCUGGUGAACCUUUAAGAAAGAAGUAAAACUUUCCAUCGAACAGGCCCCCACCAAACUGCACAUAUAUAUAUUUUGGGUCAGAGGGAGAGGGAGAAGAGAUCAACCGCUUCUCGGGGGAUUUGUUUCUGCAUUGGUGUUGUGUAAAGACAGGGACAGUUUUUGACCCAGAGCUCUGUAAUAUUUCAUUUGAGAUACUUAUUAAAAAUAAUUUGAUUUGAGUUACGUGUCUGAUCUCCUCAUUAAGAACAUGCAGGACGAUUAAAGUCCAACAAUUGGUGACCCCAUCGACGUGAUGAGGAGGACUGGACAUCAUUGAUUUUUCUUCUCGACAUUCCACUUGCGCAAAAUAGGAAAGGUAAGCAGAUACCUGUUAUAUCAAAAUUCUGCUUUAUUUAAAUGUCGUGAAGAAUAAUUAAUGAUACAAUGAUUAUUGUCAUUUUUAUCUAAAUUGUAUAUCUCAAAUGAACUAUUAAAUGUGUCAAUUAAAUAAAAAGGGAAGUAACAAUAAUACGAUUAAAAUAAAAUAAAAGAAAAAUAGUAAAAUAAAAGAAAAAUAAGAAUAAAAAAAAAAACAAUACAAGGAAUUAAUAACUGGUCCGGGACCAGGCGCGUUUGGAACGCGGAGAACGCAGAGUUGGAAACCCGGCACUGACGAGUGUCCUUAACCUCCGGGUUUAAAUUCCCUGGAAAAUGGUUCAUUCCAGAAACUGAGGAUCCGGGAUCCGGACGUGGUCACGUACCACGUUUUUUAGCGUAGUAAAAUUGGACGCGUGUUCCGGGAACACGUAGCGGUUUUUAUUGUUUCCGCAGGAUAAAAUUACAUUAGAUUAGGAUAGUGUUCUGGGAACACGUUGCGGUUGGACCGUGGGAAUAAAAUACAGUAGAAUAGGACUUAGUGUUCUGGGAACACGUUGCGGUUGGACCGCGGGAAUAAAAUACAGUAGAAUAGGACUUAGUGUUCUGGGAACACGUUGCGGUUGGACCGCGGGAAUAAAAUACAGUAGAAUAGGACUUAGUGUUCUGGGAACACGUUGCGGUUGGACCGCGGGAAUAGAAUACAGUAGAAUAAGACUUAGUGUUCUGGGAACACGUUGCGGUUGGACCGCGGGAAUAGAAUACAGUAGAAUAGGACUUAGUGUUCUGGGAACACGUUGCGGUUGGACCGCGGGAAUAGAAUACAGUAGAAUAGGAUUUAGUGUUCUGGGAACACAGAGCGGUUGGACCGCGAUACAUAGAGAUUGAAGUGGGUUUCAUACCCGAGAAAGUGGUCAGGGACCACGGGCAACGCAGCGGUUGGACCGCAUAAAGAGAAAGUGAAAGUGGUAAGAAAGCCACGAAAUAGUCGAAAAUACGAAGAGAAUAUUGGUAUUUGAAAAAGUUUUAUUGUAAGCAAUAUUGUUAAGUUGUGCUAAAGAAUAGGAAUUUGAAACUUACUGAAGAUUGUACGAAAUGGCUGCUUAUUUUUAAAUGUGCUGUUUAUUUGCGCUGUUUGCUACCGGUAUAUUAUCAGCUUUACUAAGGACUGACAGCAAAUAACAUUGAGAGGAAGAAUAAACGAGAUAUUCAGGGUAAGACAUAUUUUAGUGGAAGAUAACAUGAAGACUCUUAAAGAGCAAUGGGAGGCAGCCGUAGAACAGCUUUUGAGUGGGUUAGAAGAAAGAGAAAGGCUCAAAAAGACUCAGAAAUUGCAAGAAAUGUAUGAAGAAUGGAAACAACUUAAGGGUUACGAAGAUAGGACGAAGACAAAUUUGAAAGAGCAAGUAAUUGUUCAAGAAAGUGAAGCGCACAGGAAGUUUCAGAGAGAGGACAAAAAGGAAGUGGGGUUUCUAGCUAGAAAGAAGCAUGACAAGGAAGUGAAGAGACUACGUGAAGAGUUUCAUUUGUGGCAUAGUAUGGCAGUUAGUUGUGUGGCUUUGGUACAGUUGGAUAGAGAGAGACAAGAGACAGAAAAGAAAGUAGAAAUAAAAAAGAGUGACCUUAAAGAGAAGGAAGCAAACAAAAUUCAAGAGGGGAGGGAAAUAGCAUCCAUAUAUCCAGCACUGCCACCCACUGCUCCACCUCCAUAUGCCCCGCCCCAUACACAGUUGCCAGUAUUUGAAGUACAAAAGGGUGUGUUGGACAUGGAGCAGCGGGAGGGAAAUCGCUGGAAAAUAAAAUCAGGGAAAUUAAAUUUAAUAACAGAAAACGAGACAGAGGAGAGAGAAAUAGCACGAGAAACAGCUGAAUUGAUGAGAACACAUAGAGAGCAAGCGGCACAGGCAGAACAGAAGAUGGCAGCUCUGGAGAAAGAACUGAGGGAACAAUGGAAUAGCGUAGUACAGGAAAGGACAUUUCAACCCGGAGCACAAAGCACCCCAGGAGAAACAUUGAGUAGCAGAUUCAUAACAGUGGACGAGACUGGGAGUCAGAUAGAGGUUGAAGAACAGGGAACAUAUCCAGUUGAAAUAUGAACAGGAAUGUAGGGAACUACAUCUCAUUCGUAGGGUACCUAAUAUCUGCCCCCUAGUGGAGACAAUUGGAAAGGUAGAAUACAAACCAUGGUCAUUCACAGACAUGGGAGCUAUCCUUGCAAAGCUACCUCAUAUCACGAGUGGUGGGGGUAAAUGGAUAGGGAAGGUAAUAACUUUGACACAAGGGCAUACGUUGGCGAUCGGAGACCUUAGAGCAUUAUUGGGACAGGUACUGACUGUAGGACAGAUUACGGAAAUUGAGCGAGAGGCAGGAACGGUAGGAUUAUAUGAUGACUAUCCAUACUGUCGAGUUGCAUCAGAUUGGGGAAAGGCACUGCGAAAGCUGUACCCAGCGCCAGCAGGCACCCUUUACAAUAUAAAAUUUUCUCCAAAAGGGGAAGAAACAGCAGCAGCAUAUCUGAGUCGAUGCAAAGGAGAGUGGGAAGAGCAAACAGGGGCUCAUCCACAUUCAGAUAGAAUACAGGAACAGAUGUUCAGAGCUGCUGUAUUGGAAGGGACUCCUAAAUCUGUACAGGAUGAAAUAAAAGCCAACCCCGACUUACCAGGUGCUUUAUGUGAGGUUUGGGAACGACAUUUCCUUCAUCACAUGUCUAGGGCGAACGAAAAAGAAAAGGUAGGGGAAGUAGAGGAAUUGAAAAAACAGUUGCUAAAAUUACAGUUGCAGGAAGCAAGAUCUAAAUUAAAUGAAGAAAAAGGGAAAAAGAAGGAUAUACAAAUGGUAGUUCAGGAGAUGAAAGCCCCUCCAAGAUAUAACAAAGAACAGGAAGCUGACCCAUCAAAUGUUAUAUGGGAGAGAACCACCCAAAGACCAAUGUAUUACUCCAAUAGAGGUAGGGGUGGGGAUUACAAUAGGGGGAGGGGAAGAGUGCAGUAUCAGGAAGGGUGUUUCCGUUGUGGUCGUCCGGGACACUUCGUCCGUGAUUGUCGGCAACCUGAACUCGGAGCCCAACAGAGACCGUCUCGGGGCAGAGGCCAUAACCCACACAUGGCCCCUAACGUGGAAAAAGCACCACGACCACACUCGCAGUACCCUUUGUCCACUGGAGGGGAAAGGGAGUGGUACUGAGACAGCUUACGGAACGACCUCAGCAGGGUCAGGGCGGAACCCUUGCUGACUUUGGAGGUAAACACACGUCCUGUUGAAUUCCUGGUGGAUACUGGGGCAACAUACUCCACACUGAACUUUGAACUUCCAAAAAAUCUUAUUUCAGACGAAACCACUGAAGUAAGGGGGUUUUCCGGGGCUAUAACUAGACUGCCAUUCUCCAAAGAACUCACAGUGCAGUGCAUGAAAAAACAAUCACUGACUCACUCUUUUCUGCUGUCAUAUUCCUCACCGACAAAUUUGUUGGGAAGAGACUUGCUAGUGAAACUUGGAGCUGAAAUCCUAUGCAGCCCGGAGGGGAUUAUAGUAACUGUGAAAAAUGGUAUCACCAUGAACUGUUCCAUCAUGUCCACAAUGAGAACACAUGGACAAUGGUUACUUUCUGCAAACACCUCUCCACAGGGAGCUGACAUUUACUGGGGGAGGGUGCUUCUGGGGGACACAGGUAACACCCUGAAAGAUCUGUACUCUCAAUGGGAACCUUGGAUAUUGUCAUUAGCGCCAUACACCCAGCUAAUAGAUCCACUGCAUGUCACUCUGUUUUAUGAUAGAACACAAGAGUACUGGUACCAAGAACAAUUUGAUAACAUUGCAGGAGAACAGUGGGAAAUUUUUGGGGCAGGAAUACUGAUAGGCAAAGAGGGAGUGGCAGGUAUUGUAGAACUUACCCCCGAACAGGAACAAUGGUAUAAAAUGAGGGAAGAGGCAUCACCCCAUAUAUCAUUGUUAGUACACCCCCAACACCAAGCUAAAGAUCUAGGACCAAUGGUAAAGAAGGGAAUACACUUAACAGAUUGGAGGGAAACCCAACUUCCUGGUGUAAAAUAUUCAUCUAGCUCAGGGUAUUAUUUGAUCACACAGGAAACAAAAGACACUGUAGUGUUGGAACACGAAUGGCUCACAAGAUGGCAUGGUAGGGAGAAAAGUGAUCAUGAAGAUGCUGAAACAAUGUUGAAAAGUUUGCCCGACCAGUUAUGGACUCAGAGUCCCACAGAUGUAGGGUUUUGUAAAAAUUACCCAGAAAUUUCGUUCGAGCUGACAUGUGAUGAUCCAAUUUGGAGGCCUCAGUAUAAGCACAAACCAAAGGCAGAGGAAGGUAUCAAAGAUACCAUUGAAGGUUUGUUAACCGCAGGGGUUUUAGAGUAUGCUGAUUCCAAUUGAAACACACCCAUUCUGCCUGUGGAAAGACAAAACACAGGAAAAUUCAGAAUGGCACAUGAUUUGAGAACAAUCAAUCAAAUCAUGAAAACUCCAACUUUACCUGUUCCAAACCCAUACACUUCUCUGAAUGAAAUCACUCAAAAUCAAUCAUGGUAUACUUGCAUCUAUCUCGCUAAUGCUUUCUUCUGUUUACCCCUUGCAGAGCAUGUGAGAAACAUUGUUUGACCAUACUCACCGGACAAUCUGUGGUAGCUUUUGUGAAUUCGUCAUCAUUUACAUUUUCCACUCUGAGACAAAGAAAGUUGGAAAACUGUCUCGCACAACCAAAUUUGGUUUUCACGCAUGAGGGCAUAAACAUGGCCUCAUAUUGGACAGAAGGAGAACCCCAUGACUGUUGUAUGACCGUGGAAAGGGAAGAGAAAAUUAGACCAGAUUUGUUGACAAAAAUCAUUCCAGAGGGAGUUAUGGUGUUUUCAGAUGGAUGCUGUUUCAGAGAUUCGAAUGCAACACUGAGGUCAGGAAUAGGUAUUGCAGCACUGGAAGAGGAAGACAUUGAAAUAUUGAUAGCAGAACCUUUACAGGGACAUCAGUCAGCUCAGAGAGCAGAAAUUGUGGCAAUGACAAAGGCGCUAGAGUGGGGAGAAGGAAAAAUAAUUAACCUUUUUAGUGACUCUACCUAUGCAGUGGGUGCAGUUGUAACAGAAUUGCCUAAGUGGAAAAGAUGUGGUUUUAUGGCAGCUAACAACAAACCUAUUAAACAUCAGGAAGACAUCAUAGCAUUAGCAACAGCUAUUAUGAAACCCAAGCAGGUGGCGAUCAUAAAAUGUAAAGGUCAUGAUACCAGUAACUGAGAUGCGGCACAAGGUAACCAGAUAGGACAUGGCGGCAAAGCAAGGUGCAGGGUACAUUACACAAAUGGUGUUACAAGAUGCGGAACAGGAAGGUACCAAUAACAUUUUACCUGACCCAGACAUAGCAGUAGAACAACACAAAGCCUCACCUGAGGAAAAAUCUAUGUGGCUUCACAAAGGGGCGGUACAUUUAGACAAUGGCUGGGUGGGACCUGACGUAAACUAGUUAUUCCACCUAGUAUGAUAGAACCCCUUAUCACUCAAGCACACACCCCCUAACAUGUUGGAAUCAAACAAACCAUUUCCAAUCUUAACCAGUGGUGGCACCAAUACCUGGCUGCUACAGUUAAAGAAUUUAUCGCUAACUGCAGGGUGUGCUCCAUACACAAUGUACGCGCUGGAGUGAAAUGUGCCGCAGGAGUCUUCCCGCCACGGGGACCUGGUGAGGAAGUGGUUAUCGAUUACACAGACCUGGGGGAGAGAGUGGAAGGUAAACGUUAUCUUUUAGUUUUCAUGAAUGUGUUUUCAGGUUGGCCAAAGGAGUGGCCCACGGGGAAGGAAGAUUCGAUUUCGGUGAUUAAGUGUUUGAUUAACCAAUAAAUUCCGCGUUACGGUUUUCUGCUAAUAAAUCGCUCAGACAACGGUACACAUUUUAAGAAUGCGGAUUUACAAAAGGUUGAGAGUGCACUGGGAUUGCGUUUCCGUUUCGGGACCGUAUACCAUCCUAAAUGACAGGGAAAAGUUAAACGUAUGAAUCUUAACCGCAUGACCUCAUUUAAACCAUUUGAACUUCUGACGGGUCGUUCAUUUCCUGGUCCGUUCAACCCAGUGCACCCUGAACAAAUAAAAAUCUUGAUCACAGAACAUAAUUAACCAAACUGAAUGAUAUUGUUUCAAGUUUUUCCAAACAGAAAACCAUCUCUCAUGCACAUCUCUCCAGAUGCAGAAAUCAAUAAUUGGCGGAUUGGGUGCUCCUAAGGGAUAUGGUAAGAUUGGACCUGCAGGAACUGCAGGACCAAAAGGGGGAAUCCAACACAGGGGAACAACAGCAGGUUGACAUUUCUCAAAAGAACACAAAAGUAACACACAAAGAACUAAAGGGGGACUUAUUAAACAGUCCAGAACAUGAACUCAAAAAACACUGUGAAGAACAAAGGGUAAAAAAGUUGGCUAUACCUAGGAUUGGGUGUGGUUUGGACAGACUAGAGUGGGAAAAAGUAAGGGAUUUAAUCAAAGAAGAGGUCCAAAACACAGAAAUAAUCAUUACUGUGUAUGUAAGGGAAUAAUAAGUGAAAAAAGGGAGAUUGGGAUUGUGAAGUAUUUUACUAUUUUUUAAAUAUUUUACAUUUUUAUUUUGAUAUUUUUCAGAUAUUUUCCAUUUUGAGAGUUUUUAAAUAUUUUACGUUUUUCUAUUUCAUGAUUUUCAAAUAUUUGACACUUUUCUAUUUUCAGAUUUUAAGAUUUCACAUUUCAAUAUUUUACAACUUCCAAGUAUUUUACAAUUUACUAUUUUUGGUGGUUUUUAAAGGUGUUACAUUUGAUCAUUUUCAUGAGUUUCAAGUAUUUUACACGUGACUGUUUUUGAGCAUUUCAAAAAUUUUACAUUUUUCUACAUAUUGUGAUUUUUCAAGGGUUUUGCAUUUUACAAUAUUUUAUGAUUUUCAAAGGACUUACAUUUUAAUAUAUCCUUUUGUGAGCAUUGUUGAAAAUAUUUUGAUGACAUAUAUUCUUUCAGGGGUAUUUUCGGAGACAUCAUAACAUCGUUUUGCAUUUUUUAUAGAUUAUUUUACAAGGACAUUUUGAAGAUAUUUUACAAUUAUUUUGAAUUAACAUAGAUUCUUUUGCUAUAGUGUUGUGUUUGACAGUUUUACUUUUAACGUGUGUGUUUUGAAAUUAUUUCACAUCCAGUUUGACUAUAUUUUACAGCCUUCAUCUAUAUCUUUACAAAUGUUUCAUAAUUCUUUUAUUUCUGGGAUAUUUUACAUUUUUAUUAAUUGACAGUUUUAGAGGAGUAUUUACUAUAUUUUGGUUAUAUUUGAGUGUGUGGAGGAUAAACUUUUGCUAUAUUUUACAGGACGUUUAUAAUACAUGUUCACCAAAUAUUUCACAGUUCUUUUAUGAUAAUCUAUAAGGUUUAAUAAUAAGAGGUGCACGAAGAUAAUGUAUAUUGUAUAAGGUUUGUGCCUAUCUUCUUAAAAUAUUUUCAAGCAGAGAUAAGAUUUACAAGAAUUCAUAUAUUUGCGGUAGUGCCUGUUUAAAAUAAAUAAACAAAUAACUAAUCUGACAAAAAUUCAGGAAUCGAUAACCCAUUCAAUAGCUGGAUGACAAAAUGGUUUGGGCAAUACAGUGCGCUGAUCACUUCAUUAUUAAUGUCCAUCGCAGUGGCCGCGGCGAUACUUGUAACCUGCGGGUGUUGUUGUAUUCCAUGUAUCAGAUCUUUGUGUAACAGGUGGAUCGUGAAGACGGUGGAGGGGAAGGAUCCUCCACCGUAUCAGAUGCCACUGCUGGGAGCAGUAGGGCUAAACGAAGAAGAACCAAAGGAGGAGGAGUCAGAGGUUGAUCUCCUGUAAAGGAGAUCAAAAGGGGGAAUGAAGGAAAAUUAGAACAUUCCCACAUCCGCAUAUCCUUGAAAUAUGAAUAUUAACCGUGCUUUGAAUAAUCAUGAUUUUAUUAUUGCAUUAUUAAUGAUUGCAUUGCCUUUAAUCUUAAAGAUUUUAAGAAUAGCUUUGAGUAUUAACCUUUAGCAUAUAGUACUAAAGUUAGAAUAGUCUAGCAGGCUUAGAGAUAUGAUUCCAUUGUAUAUGGGUUUUGAUAGUUGACUUUUAAAUGUCAUGUGCAAAUUUAGCAGGCUUGGAGUUUUUUCGGUAUGUAUGUAUGUAUGUGUGUUUUUUAACUUUUGCUUUGCAGAGACACCUGGGGAGAAAAACAGGAUGUCGGGGCAGGGUGAAAUAACGGUCAUAGCUAUUUAUAACAGGAUGAACUUCUAAAACAGAAGUACAACUUUCCAUCGAACGGGUCUGGUGAACCUUUAAGAAAGAAGUAAAACUUUCCAUCGAACAGGCCCCCACCAAACUGCACAUAUAUAUAUUUUGGGUCAGAGGGAGAGGGAGAAGAGAUCAACCGCUUCUCGGGGGAUUUGUUUCUGCAUUGGUGUUGUGUAAAGACAGGGACAGUUUUUGACCCAGAGCUCUGUAAUAUUUCAUUUGAGAUACUUAUUAAAAAUAAUUUGAUUUGA